AUGGAAAAUUCGAUAAAUUUGAUAACGAGAAAUCUGAGCAGAAGAUGGUAUUCGCCACUUCCUAGAAGUAUUAGAAAAAGACCACUAAAGCAUAAGCCGGCUGUUCUCUCAAGCUCGGAUUCUAAUACCAGCUCCAAUUCUAUCAUUCAACCAUACCACCCAAUUGCCACCACGAUCUUGAAUGAGCCGACUAUUGUUGUCGAAAGACAAAUUGAGAUGAUGAACGUAUUUUUGGGUUAUGAGCAAGCUAAUAAGUAUGCGAUCAUGGAUGUCAUGGGAAACAGGAUCGGCUACAUGCAAGAAAGAGAUUUCUCUUUAACAAAAAUGAUAAUGAGGCAGUUUUACAGGCUCCACCGUCCAUUUUUAGUUGAUGUGUUCGACAAUUGGGGAAAUGUUAUCCUAACAAUCAAGCGACCUUUUUCAUGGAUAAACUCACAUAUAAAAGCCAUUUUACCAGAGCAGACUGCGAUAUCGUCUGCACAGACUAGCGACCCCUAUGUGGUCAAAUCGCCUCCCUUCGGCUCCGUUCCAGAACCUCAAUCUACAUCAACUUUUGGUGAGGGUGGAACCCUUGUCGGUGAGAGCAUACAAAAUUGGCACUUGUGGCGACGUCGUUAUGAAUUAUUUCAGCGAGACUCACAAGAUGCGAAUACUUUUGCCCAAUUUGCGCAGAUAGACGCUCCAUUUCUCAGCUUUGAAUUCCCUUUAGUAGAUCAGGCAGGAAAAAUAAUGGGAAGUGUCGACAGAAAUUGGGUUGGACUGGGAAGAGAACUUUUUACCGACACUGGUGUCUAUGUCAUCAGGAUGGACACUUCACAAAGUUAUGAGGGUGUUUAUCCACCUGAAGUAUUGAGUAGCGAGAUACUAUCGCUAGAUCAACGGGCUGUGUUGUUAGCUAAUGCAGUUUCUAUCGAUUUCGACUAUUUCUCAAGGCAUUCGGGACAUGGUGGUGGACUCGUGAGUUUCGGUGACUAUGGAGAAUGA